AUGCAACAAUAUCUAGCCUUAACCCUAACUAGCCCAGCUAAAACUCUAGAAACAGUAAACCCUAAUGUUGAGAACCCUAAUGCUGCAAAGUCAGUUGGUAAAAACCUUCCAACUGUGACUGAAUUUCUCAACAAUCAGCCUUUAAAGACUGCCAAGGAGAACUUUAAUAAGCUCAUAAUCCCCAAGCUAGUGCAAACUCAAAUGGUGCAGCAAUGUCUUUUUAUGGAAGAAAAGAAGCAACAUGAAAAAGGAGGGGAUUUCAAUAUAAUUUUUGAUAAAGAGGAGAAGUUUGGGCCCCUACCUGUAUCGAUGGAUGAAGUUGAAGACUUUAGAUACCUUCAUUUGGAGGAGGAAUUUUGGAAGCAAAAAUCAGGGUUAUCAUGGUUUCAAGAUGGGGAUAGGAAUACAAAAUUUUUUCAUGCUCAAGUGAAUGCUAGAAGGAAGAGAUUACAGCUUCAAAGGAUCCAAAACAAUGCUAGACAGUGGCUAGAAAAUAUGGAGGAAAUUGUAGAUGAGACAGUUAACUUUUUCCAGUCACAAUUCACAGAAGAUAGGGUGCCUAAUGCUUUUGGCAUACUAGAUCAUGUUCCUUCUAUGGUUAAUAUGUUGCAGAAUGAGGAGCUGGUGAAACAACCAUCUAAGGAGGAGGUGAAGAAGGAAGUCUUUGAACUUAAUGGAGAUAGCGCAGGAGGCCCGGAUGGAUUUCAUGACUGCUUCUAUCAAGCAUGUUGGGAAAUUGUAAGUGAUGAUAUUGUUGACAUGGUUAAUGCAUUUUUCAGUGGACAUGAUCUCCCCAGAUAUAAUACAUAUACAAAUUUGGUUCUUUUUCCAAAGAAGAAGGAAGUGACAACAUAUUCGAACAUGAGACCAAUUGGCCUAUGCAACUUCAUCAACAAAGUAUUCUCAAGGGUCAUCCAUGAAAGGAUAGUUGAUCUUCUCCCUAAUUUGAUUUGUGAUGAUCAAGCGGGAAUUGUAAAAGGAAGGAUCAUUGUUGAGAAUGUACUGCUUACUUAA